AUGAGUGGAAUUGUGAGGAAUGCACUACGUGUCGUAGGAGUGAAAAAUCUCGUGUCGUCAACAUCAUCUGCCCGAAUUAUCACGCCCCAAUUAUCUCGUUGCCUCUGGCACAUGUCUAACCGGUCUCAGAGUGAGAAUUCACAGAGUUUGGGUGUAAAACUGCUGAAGCCCUUCGAGACUUGCAGCUGUGGCUGCGGAAGAGCCCAGCACACCAAGGCUGAGAAGGAGCUGGUGGAAUUCUUGGCUGAGGAAAUCGUAGCUGAGAAGAAGGCACAGAAGCUGAAGACCAUUCCCACAGAGGUUGACGGAUUUUCGGUGUCUCUGGAUGGAGCCAAUGUUACUCUUGUGAAGAAACAAGGAAAUGAAACAAUCACAAUCGCAUUCAACGUCAACCACACAGUGGACAGCGACAACGAACCGGAGAUUGACCCCAAUGACGACAAGCCAGAACUUGGGGAGAUGAAGAGCAAGCCAAAUUUCUCCGUUGACAUCCAGAGGGGGAAGCAGACCCUCGGGUUUUCGUGUUCAUUCAAUAAUGAGCCAGGAGCGUCAGGAGCUGACGAGAGUUACAAUGACUGUUUUGGAAUUGACGAAAUCACCCUCUACGAGGGCGAACACAGUGAUAAAGUCUACGCAGUAGCUGGUGAAGUGAUCGAUGGGUAUCUGUACGACCUUCUCAUGAAUUAUCUCGAGGAGAAGGGUAUUUCAAACGAAUUCGCUGAGAAAUUGGUUGAUUUGAGCACGAAUUACGAACACAGUGCGUAUAUUAGUUUACUCGAAGGCCUCUCCAAGUUCACCUCUGGAAAGUAAAUCUACUAUCUACACUCGUUAUAUUCCAUAAAAUGUUCCAAGUAACUCUUUAUCAUCUGUAAAAUAUAUACCGAAAAUAAAGGAAAAUAAAUUGA